AUGACUGUCAGUCCAGUCCAUAAUCUCUAUAAUUAAUAACAUGUCAUAGACAUACUGUUUUGAAAUGUUAAUGAUAAAAGUAUUUAUGUCUAUUGUCACAUUAACUGUGUAUAAAAAUUAAACAGAGUUCGCACAUAAAAACUAAAGUGUGUUUUUAUUCCGGGCAAUCCAAAAAUAAAGAUAAAUGUAGAUUAGUACACAAUGUUUCUACUAUGGCUGUACUUUUGGAAUAUCCAGGACUUGCUGAUCACACGUAUUUGAUGUUAUGGGUGAUUUUGGCCAUAGCCAAUGGAGUUGACAAUUCUCCAGUUGGUUCUCACAGCAGUAUUGAAGGGCCGUUUCCUCCUGCGGCAAGUGUAGACAGGGCUGUGUAUUACCGGUUAAAAAGAUCUCCAGAUGAAGAAGCUUUUCCAGCCCCGUAUUCCAGUGAGAUUCCAGAUGAGAUAAACUCACAACUAGAGGACGAUACACAAAUAAACAGCCAGUAUGAAAGUAGUGAGAGCAGCACUUCUAGAGAAAUUGAGAAGGAAAGCGAUCCACUUGAAGAACAGACAAAAUCAAAACAAAACAGUAAACAACAAAAGUAUAUCCCUAGCUUUUUUAAAAACUUUAAUUCCAAUAAAGUAAACACAGAAACAAGGAUUUUAGCUACAAAUGAAAGUCUGAAUGAUAAACAGAAACCUACUAUGUACAGUCCUCAGGGGUACGGGUUGAAGCAAAACGGUCCCAAUAAAAAAGAAACAAAGUUAAACACGAGUUACAGUGAUUAUAUUUUGAAGGGAGAUACUGCAAAUCUUAAUAUUCCAAGUAGAUACUCCGGUUUAAAUAAAAAAGCUAAAGUGGAAGCAGAUGUAGGAGGUGAAGCAAAGAAUAUUACCAAGGCUGUGAAACCAAAUACAACGUUGGCGAUGAGUGAUCAGCCAGCAGAGGAAGGCAGUGAAACACCUCACAAUGUAACUGUGACUGAUCUCUCCGAUGAUGAAUCUCUUGAUGUGUUAUCUUCAAAUAUCACAGAUACAUUUGGAGACAUCAGCAACACCACAAGUGCUGACGGAAGGACCAUGCCAGCAUCCGAGGGGCUGGACAUCCUCAUGAUUUCUGGCAUCACUGUCGGCACUGUUGUUCUGCUAGCUUUGAUGGCGGGAGGUGGAUUUGUGGUGUACCGUCACAGGAUGUGGAACAAGCCCCAGACCCUCAGCGACAAGUGUAGUAAUGCCGACUCCAGCGGGUAUAUUGACGACAGUACUCUCAGAGAAAACUCGGAAGAGAUGUACAGCUUGGACAAUGACUCGUUCCUGAACAGCCUGGAGGCGAUGACUAUCCAGAACUAUUGGACUGAUAACGUAAAACACACGAAGCUGUAAUGAAAAAGUCGGCUCUCACUCCUGGUGAUCCAUAUCUACCUAAUUUACGUCCAAUAUGUACCAUUAUCAAUGUCAUUUAAUGUUUAUUUCAUGGUAAAAAUAUAAAUAGAGAGAGAUAGAGCUACUUUAUACUAACAUGUAUUUAGAAGAAGUCUGCAGCCUUAACUAUUAUAAAAUGAUAUGUUUACUAUGAGAACUCCACCUGGAACUUGUGGUUAAGUGCUGUAGUCUCAUAAGUUACCUGAGUUACACUACUACAAAAAUUGCAUUUAGUAUUGUUUUUAUUGGCACUUUUAAUCAGAUCUGAAGUUUUUAAAACUCAUUCAAGGUUCUGUCCUAACAUUGAGAUAAGUAGAAAAAUAAUAUUAAUGUAUGUAUGAGAGUAUUAGCGUUGAAGAGUAUACAAGUUACAAAGCAUUGGAGGUGAAAUGCGCUUAUCACCA